UCAUAACAGAUUAACUCUGAGGAAGUAGCAAAGUAAAAAUAAAAAAAAAAUAAAAAAAAUAGAGCAGCAUGUGGCCUUUGUGCAAAUAUGUGAUACUGGCCUUAAAAAAGAGUCUUUUUGCAUUUUUGUUUUUAUUUUCUGAUUCAAGUCAAAAAGAUUGCCUACCUUUGCAUCAGAACCACUGUCCCAGAGUUGUGGAGCCCACCAUACACAUUUAAUGUGUGGUGUAUGUUACUUGACCAAGACAUGCAAAGGAGAGUCAGCAGUAAAAGUUCACUAGCAACGUCCUGGAACAAACUACUGGAUGUCAGCCUGCUUUGCGAUUACAGUGGAAAGCUGACUGGGCUGUAUUUUGCCAUAUUUUUCCAUAUUUGAGAAUAUUUUUUCAAGAAGUCCAUGUGGUCUUUUUUUUAGUGGAAAUUCAGUUUUAUUCAGGAAGAAUUCUUUUCUUGUGAUGUUCAUCACUUCUCAUCUCUGUUUCCUAAGUUACUGUGGUUGGCUUUUCAUGGUCUCCCUGUGAAAAUCAAGAAGGAACCCCAUAGCCCAUGUUCGGAACUUGGCUCCACUUGCAGUCAAGAGCAGCCAUUCAAGUUCAGUUAUGGGGAAAAGUGCCUGUACAAUGUCAGUGCCUAUGAUCAGAAACCACAAGUGGGAAUGAGGCCCUCCAACCCACCGACGCCAUCCAGCACUCCUGUGUCACCGCUGCACCAUGCCUCCCCAAACUCAGCUCAGACUCCUAAACCUGACCGGGUUUUCCCUACCCAUCUCCCUCCAUCCCAGUCCAUUCAAGACAACAACUUCCCUAUGGACCACAGAUUUCGCCGCCAGCUCUCUGAACCUUGCAAUUCUUUCCCACCUUUGCCUCCAAUGCCAAGGGAAGGACGUCCAAUAUAUCAGCGCCAGAUGUCUGAACCAAACAUCCCUUUCCCGCCUCAAGGUUUUAAGCAGGAGUACCACGAUCCAGUUUAUGAACACAACGCUAUGGUUGGCAGUGCAGCCAGUCAAAAUUUCCCCCCUCCUCUGAUGAUUAAACAGGAACCUAGGGAUUUUGCAUAUGAUUCAGAAGUGCCUAGCUGCCACUCCAUUUACAUGAGGCAAGAAGGCUUCCUGGCUCACCCAAACAGAACAGAAGGCUGUAUGUAUGAAAAGGGACCUAGGCAGUUUUAUGAUGACACUUGCGUUGUUCCAGAGAAGUUUGACGGUGAUGUCAAGCAGGAACCGGGCAUGUACCGAGAAGGACCCACAUACCAACGGCGAGGCUCGCUUCAGCUGUGGCAGUUCUUGGUAGCUCUUCUUGAUGACCCAUCAAACUCUCACUUCAUAGCAUGGACUGGUCGAGGCAUGGAAUUCAAGCUGAUUGAGCCAGAGGAGGUGGCACGUCGCUGGGGGAUUCAGAAAAAUAGGCCAGCUAUGAACUAUGAUAAACUCAGCCGAUCGCUUCGCUAUUAUUAUGAAAAGGGAAUCAUGCAAAAGGUGGCUGGAGAAAGAUACGUCUACAAGUUUGUUUGUGACCCUGAAGCGCUUUUCUCCAUGGCUUUUCCGGACAACCAGCGCCCCUUACUGAAGACUGACAUGGAACGCCACAUCAAUGAGGAGGACACUGUGCCUCUGUCCCACUUUGAUGAGAGCAUGGUCUACAUGCAGGAUGGUGGCUGCUGCAACACCCACCCCUACAACGAAGGCUAUGUCUAUUAACAGCAGUGACAGUGAAGGGGAUGUUUUCCCCCUCCCUUAAGCUUCUCCUCUUUCACAAGACCCAGAGGAAAGCUGAAUCGACUUCAGUUUGUUUUUUAAAUAGUACACUAAAAGGGGCUUUUCCUGUUGCAUUACUCCUAUGGUCUGCCAUGGACAGCGCACUUUAUUUGAAAGGGGUGGGUUGGAACCUAAACGUUAUUCUGUGUAAAAGGAGGAAAAGGGUGGGUUUGCUUUUUACUUAAGUUUGGGAAGGGAACAUACAGGUUUUAAGUACAAAAAAGCUAUAUCAUGUCUGUUUUGUUUCAUAUCAGCAUAAGAUAUUGUACAUUUUCUCUGGGUAUCCAUAGUACAGUUAAUUCUCAUUGUGCAAAAUAACCACUUUAUGAUGAUAUCAGCAAAGCAUGCCUAGGGCAUUUGUUUCUUGCCAUUCUUAAUUGUCUUUCUGCAGUAAUAAAAGAGAAGCAAAGCAUAUACUACAGCAUUUAAUUUCGAAGCUUCCAGUGGCAGAUCUUGUACCUUGCCUCUGAGAAUAACCAGAUAUCUGGAAAGUUUUUCCUAUUUUUUUCUCUUUUUUUUUUGGGGGGGGAGGGGGGUAUGGCCUCAAAAUAAAAUCCUAGUUAGUGACAGAGGGGCUCUAAGUACAGUCACCAAGCAGCAAAAUCCCUUACUUCAGACUGCAAGCUGCAUGCUGUAUCUGGUGCCACAUUGCUAUACAUAUAUGACCCAUUCUAUGGCUCAGAUUUUUUAAGAUCCAUUUCAGGGUAGUAAUUACAUGUGGUAGGCUUUCUGAUGAUCAUGUCAGCAUUAAAUACAGGUUCGUGAUCAGGAGGGAGAAAACAUUUUGUAUCCUUCCAUUUCCUUUGGUACAUAAAUAAGUUAUUUAAUCAAUAGGAAUUAACUGUACUAAGUCACAUAUCUAAUUAUGCUGUUUAGACACAGCAGGCACUCCUUGAGAAAAAUAUCCAAUACACUAAAUAGGUACUUUAGUAAAUUUUUAGACACGGUACCCAUUAAUAUGCAUUUAAACCUUUUACUGCUGUGUUAUGUUGAUAACAUAUAUAAAUACUAGAUAAUGCUAAUGCUUCUGCUGCUGUCUUUUUCUGUAAUAUUCUCUUUGAUGCUGAAUUUACUAUGACCAUUUAUAAGCAAUGCUGUAACUACAGGUAGCAUUUCAGGACAAAAUAGAUGACUUGAACCAUUUAUUGCUUAGAAAAUAGCUUACGCCAUAGCUGUGCUAUAAGCAGCUUUUAUGCGCAUCCACAAAUGACUAGUAAGCUUCAGCUUGCUAAGGAAAGCUCUGCAGAACCUUUUGUAAUUUUUGGUGGAACGGAGACGAACUGUCAAAGAAUACCAUGAAGUUGCUGUAUGACAUUGUAGUGCUGGCACUGGUGUUACCAAUCAGCUUGUUUGGACACUAAAUGUAAAUGUGAUCAGAUAUGCUUGGAAGACAAUUUAAAUUUUGAGGGGUUUUUUGUUGUUUUGUUAUUUUUUUCAAAUUGUUUUAUUUUUUUGAGAGGGGUAAUCUUGAACACAAGCCACACCUGCUAUUCUGUAUGUAAAACAAACAAAAAAAAGGCCCUGACAGAAUCCCAAAAGUUUUAAAUAUUUAUGAGCACCUUUUUUGAAAUACAAUAAUUUGUAGUUUGAAGGAAGGGAGAGGGGGUAAGAUCUGGAUUUCUUUUUUUUGCCCAGUGAAAUUUAAAUAGGUGUUACAUGAAGUACCUCAUUUUCCUAUAUUGUCAAGAAGUGAGAGAAAAAUGAAUACAUAACCAUAAAAAAACAAGAAUAAUUUUCAUCAUAAUGGAUGGAUUUCAAAGACAAUCCUAGGUGGUGGGUUAAUCUUCUAUCCUUUGUCAGUUAAGACACUACCUAAGUUAUGAAUAUUUUAAUAUGCAGUUAAUCAAAAGUAAAGAAGCAGUGGUCACUAGAAACCACAGGUGCAUAAAAAAACAUUUGGGCGGGUAUUUAAUUUACUCAGAUCUGUAAGACAACAUAGUUUAUGAGAAUGUAUAUAUGCCUUAAUAUGUCACCUAAUUCUGUCAUCCGUAAGUCUCAAUGGCACUUAAAUACUUGGUGAUCAACCCAGAAAAAGAAGUCUAAAAUUGCAGAACUAGCAAAAAUCAAGGGGAAAAGGUUGGAUAAUAUUGUUUAAAAAAAUUGUGGUUUCCAUUGAAAUAAGGUUCAAAUGAAACAUGCUUUGAUGAAAAGUC